CAGGGAAAGCAGCAAAGAGCCCUGUAGUGGUAAUAUCUAUUUGUACCUGCAAACUCGACCGUCUCUCCUGCUCUUCAUCUCCCUUUCUACUGUCUCUCCUCUCCCUCGUUGACCCCAUCAUGGGGCACCCGAAACCUGUGUUCUUCUUCGGCGUCCUUGUCGCAGCUCUCCUGCAGUCCUUCCCUGUAGCCUCUCAAGAAGUUGAGGAUGAGAAGGAGUUCAGCUACCAGAGGGGGAGCCAGAUUGGACCAGAGCACUGGGGGGAGAUCCACCAUGAAUGGGCUGUCUGUGGCAAGGGUCGGACGCAGUCUCCCAUUGAUCUCUCCGACGAGAGAGUGCAGGUAUUUCCCUGCUUGGGCCGCCUUCGCCGCUCCUAUCGCCCGGCCGACGCCAUCCUCAAGAACCGUGGUCACGACAUCAUGCUCAAAUGGGAGGAUGAAGCAGGAGGGAUAUGGAUCAACGGAACAGAGUACGGUCUUAAACAGAUGCACUGGCACUCGCCCUCUGAGCACACCAUCAAUGGCCGCAGGUACCCCAUGGAGAUGCACAUGGUUCAUGAAAGCGCCGAUAAUAAAAUCGCAGUCGUCGGCAUUCUCUACAAGAUUGGCCACCAUGAUCCGUUCCUUGCCGAGCUGGAGAGAUACAUUGAGACGAUUUCAGAUAAGCAUGAGGCCGAGGAGGUGGUGGGCAUGGUGGAUCCAAGGCACGUUAGAAAGGGAAGUAGGAAAUACUACAGAUACACUGGAUCUUUGACCACUCCACCUUGCACUGAGGGUGUGACUUGGACCAUCAUAAAGAAGGUGCGGACAGUGUCAAGGGAGCAACUGGCCCUUCUAAGAGAAGCUGUCCAUGAUGGCUCAGGGAUGAACGCAAGACCCACCCAAAAGAUGAAUAAGAGGAUUGUCGGUUUAUAUCGGCCUCGACCAUAUCGAUAUCGAUGACUAUGUGAAUUUUGAUGCUUUCUAAACCCCACAGCAGAGAUGAUCAUGCAAAGGGUGUUGAAAGCAGUAACAAAGAGUAGCAAAGAGGAGAACACCAUCCCCAUACGAUGACAAUGACAAGAAGAAGGAAGCAUUAAUUGAUUCAUCAUGUUCUCACUCUUAAUUAGUAUCAAAGAAGCAUUCAUUCGGUGAUCUUACAGAGUAAACUGUUGCGACGAGCCAUGAGUUCCAGCUGAUGAUCCAAGGCUUUCUGCUGCCACCUUCCACCACAAGUGUAUUGCAAUGUUCAUUAGUCGCUUCGAUUACCCUGUAAAUCUAGUUUGUAUUUCUCUUCAUGCCUUUUUUUUUUUUUAUAUUACUAACUAAUUUAGUUGCUCACUACUUUUAUUUAUAUUCUAAGUUAAAUAUAUUUCUGAUAUGGGUUUCAUCGAUCAAAGUUUCUAAAUCGGAACGUUAUUUCGAAAGCACUAA